AUGGCUCCUGAGGCGAUGUACCAAACGCGCCGUCAGUCUCCCAAAAUGGAUGUCUGGUCCCUCUUUGUCGUAAUCGGUGUCGUGACGCAGGCGGGAGGGCUCCAUGACCCGACGUUGGCCGACUACGGAGAGGUGUUACCUCGUGUUAGAGCCGCAGCGGCUCAACACGCAGCUCUUAGCCCAAUGGCUCAGGAAAACCCGGAGACGCGCUCGUCUGCGGCUCAGAUGCUCGUCAAAUGCUUCGACGGCCAGGGAUUGAGCACUCCACGAAAUCAGGUCGGGCCAAUGCCGGACCCUGCAAGCAUGUUGGCGCAACCACAAGCCUCAGAACAGCGCGAACCUGAUCCAAGGUCGAAAGCUCCAAAGCCCAGAGUUAAGAGACCAGCAGCCGUCGAUCUAAGAAGGGCCAACUACAAGUAUGCGCCACGCAAACUUCCAGCGAACCGCAACGACCCUCAACGAGAUAUCCAUCCAAAGGUGUUGGCCGAAAUUGAACGGCGAGGAGAAUCUUUGGGGUUGCAGCUGUUCACUUGA